UCUGACAGUUUUGUACAGUGAAAGAAAGUCCUUCAGUGGAGUAGUAGGCAUUAUUUUUAGAGGAGAUCACUUUUAUAAAUCCAUCUCCAUCCUCCUUAAUUUAAGUAAAGAUGAUUUCAACAAUGGCAAGAUCAUAAUCUACACGCUGCUAGCUAUCUGAAUAUAUCGGUAUUGUGAUAUUCCGGUGACUCGAAAUAUAGAAAAGGGAUGGUGAAAGUCGGAUUUUUAAAGAAGGAACUGAAUCUUCUGUCGGGAUUCGGGGGGAGGGGGACCGUGAUUAAAGGGGUUGUAUACUAGUAAGUAAGAUCAGAAAUCAGGUGAUCAGUUGACAAAACAAACAAAAAGAAACGUCAAGGCUUAUUUUACAGUAAAUCUGAAGGUUGCUGCAUAGGAGUUACAGGUAGAAAAAUAACACUGCAAAAUGGAGUUGAGAGUGGGAAACCGAUACAGAUUGGGGAGGAAGAUUGGAAGUGGUUCUUUUGGAGACAUCUAUUUGGGUACGGAUAUCUCUGUGGGGGAGGAAGUGGCCAUCAAGCUGGAGUGUGUGAAGACCAAGCACCCGCAGCUGCACAUCGAGAGCAAGAUCUACAAGAUGAUGCAGGGAGGAGUGGGCAUCCCUACCAUCAAGUGGUGUGGAGCGGAGGGGGACUACAACGUGAUGGUGAUGGAGCUGCUGGGGCCCAGUCUGGAGGACCUCUUCAACUUCUGCUCCCGCAAGUUCAGCCUCAAGACCGUCCUGCUGCUGGCUGACCAGAUGAUCAGCAGGAUUGAGUACAUUCACUCCAAGAACUUCAUCCACCGUGACGUGAAGCCGGACAACUUCCUGAUGGGGCUGGGCAAGAAGGGCAACCUGGUCUACAUCAUCGACUUUGGCCUGGCCAAGAAGUACCGCGACGCCCGCACACACCAGCACAUCCCCUACCGGGAGAACAAGAACCUGACCGGCACCGCCCGCUACGCCUCCAUCAACACACACCUGGGCAUCGAGCAGUCACGGCGUGACGACCUGGAGUCUCUGGGCUACGUCCUCAUGUACUUCAACCUGGGCUCUCUGCCCUGGCAGGGCCUCAAGGCCGCCACCAAGAGGCAGAAGUACGAACGCAUCAGCGAGAAGAAGAUGUCCACGCCCAUCGAGGUGCUCUGCAAGGGCUACCCCUCUGAGUUCUCCACCUACCUGAACUUCUGUCGCUCUCUACGGUUCGACGACAAGCCCGACUACUCGUACCUGCGGCAGCUCUUCAGGAACCUGUUCCACAGGCAGGGCUUCUCCUACGACUACGUCUUCGACUGGAACAUGCUCAAGUUUGGAGCCAAUCGUGCGGCAGAGGAGGCGGAGCGUGAGCGCAGAGACAGAGAGGACAGGCUGAGGCACGGCAGGAACCCUGUUGCCCGGGGAAUCCCCGCCUCCUCGGGGCGCCCCAGAGGAACCCAGGACGGAGCCCCGCCCACCCCCCUCACACCCACCUCACACACAGCCAACACGUCCCCCCGGCCCGUGUCUGGGAUGGAGCGGGAGAGGAAGGUCAGCAUGCGCCUUCACCGGGGCGCCCCCGUCAACGUGUCAUCCUCCGACCUGACCGGCCGCCAGGACACCUCCCGCAUGUCCACCUCCCAGAAUAGCAUUCCCUUCGAUCAUCAUGCCAAGUAGACCAACGCCACGUGUUGGUCUGACCGCCACGCCGAUGGUGGCUGGCGCCGGUCUGCACUCUGCUGCUCCUCGAUGAGACCCUCUCUCCAGCACCUCCUUACCAGAGGGACGGACCAAUCCUGGCUCACCACCACCUAACCCAGAGCCAAUCAGCUACCCUCAAUGCCAUCCCCCAUCACUACUGCUACAGCUACCACAAACAACCUCUCCAAGCAGAUCUCCCUUGCCUGUCUCCCUCUCUCUCUGACUCCCCACCUUGCCAGCUUGUCCCUCAGCUGGGAGACAUUUGCAGGACUGUGUGUAAAUGCCUCUGGUCUUCUGAUGGGACGGUCAGAGGGUUUCUCUUCUGCCAUGGCAACCCCAACAGACUUUACCAAAAAAGAAGAAAAUAAAAUACAUUUGGUUAUUGGUCCUCCUAUACCUGUAUGAUGAAAGCUAACUUUUUUUACUCCCCAAGUGUACUGCUGCUUCGCCCUGAUCUAAACAUUUACAUUAUGUUAUUGUUGUGCAGUCUGGCCAGUCUAAUGGGAACAGACAGGCUGUGCUACUCUUUGGGUAGGGGUGGUUUAGGGGUACGCUGGGGUAGUUUUAAGGUAGUUUUUCAGUUGUAUUUCCAGAUCAUGUUUCUCAGACCACAAGUUCCGUUCUGUUGUUCCCCCAUUCCCCAGCCCUUUUCACUUACGUUGUAAGACUAACUAUGUACCAGAGACUGCAUGUUUCUGGCUAACUACUCCAGAAGUCACCUGCCCCCACUCAGUGUACUAACAAGCUAGUGCACUUCUUGGUGUACUAGUGAGCUAGUGCACUUCUUGGUGUACUAUUGAGCUAGUGCACUUCUUGGUGUACUAGUGAGCUAGUGCACUUCUUGGUGUAAUAGCGAGCUAGUGCACUUCUUGGUGUACUAGUAAGCUAGUGCACUUCUUGGUGUACUAGUGAGCUAGUGCACUUCUUGGUGUACUAGUGAGCUAGUGCACUUCUUGGUGUACUAGUGAGCUAGUGCGUGUCCGAGGGCACAGGCCUCCAUCAGACGUCCUCCCUCCGGUGUACAGACCCCCUGCCUCCUGGUCUUCAUAUGAUUUCUAAGCUGUGAAAUAACAUGUAAUAUAGACGUGUACAUCUCUUCACUCUCCCUUCAUCUUGGUUUCUAUUUUGGGGUGUAUUCGGGUUUUAACAAAAACAUAUAUGACUGGCAUCCACAACCCGAGGAAUGCCAGGUAACUGGUUUGUUCUGGAUCCAGGUAGCGGUUAGGGUCAGGCUAGCUUGCCUGGUCUUGCCCAGGGCCUGGUCAGAGCCCUUGAGAUGAAGUGCAGGACCGCAGCAGGAGCUGCUGAGAUCCUGGAGCAAACACACAGACUCUGUCAAACUUCUACCAGAUGAUUUUACACAGCUGCAAUUUGAAACUACAAGCUGUCCUAUCGAAUGUUAAAUACUUUUUAUAUACACAUAAAGAACUGUGUGAAACAAUGUCCUUAUCUCCCCAGACUGCUCUGUCGUGAUGCCCGAGUGGUCCUGCACGGAUGUGGCUUCAAACUAACUAUGAAGGCUGCAUACAGACUCUAUAAAGCGGUAUAACCUCUAUCACUUAUACCCCAUAAAAUACACACUGAGGUCAGCUGUGGUCUUGGAUAUUUAACUACACAUUUUGGAGUGAGGACAAGAUGUUGAGGACUAUUCAACUAAACCCUUGUUCUAGUCUUCAGCCAAUCAGCUGAGCCUGGUUGAGUCUUCUAGACCUGCUCUCAGUACCAGUCCUCUCCCUGUGUUAAUGACCCGUGGCCAGUUUGGCCAGUCACGGAUACCUGUGUAAUUAUCUGAGCUACCAGCUGUCUAACUUACUUUAUCUUUCUCUCUCUUAUUUGUAUUUGCCACUGUAUUUGUGUACUUUAAAAACAACAUGUAAAUAAAUAAGUACUUGUA